AUGGCAGCCCCUGUAAAGUACGAUGUUGUUUUGUACGGUGCGACUGGCUUCACUGGAAGCAUGGCCGCACAAUAUCUUGCCGCGCACCCACAGCAGCCGCGUGUGGCGUUUGCUGGCCGGAACGAGAAAAAGAUCCGUGGCGUGAUCGAGAAGCUGACGGAUGUGUCGAAGGAGCGUGUUGAAAGCAUUGGUGUGAUCGUCGCGUCGGCAGAAGACUUGAAUAGCAUCAAGGCGAUGGUUGCCCAGACGAAGGCUGUGAUCAACAUGGUUGGUCCGUACGCUUUGUACGGUGGCUUUGAGUUGGCGAAGGCCGCCGCGGAGGCUGGCGCUAGCUACGUUGAUCUGACGGGUGAGUCCAGUGUGUACAAGCGUAUCAAGAAUGAGCUGCAUGACAUUGCGAAGCAGACGCACGCAGACAUCGUCCCGUCGUCGGGCUUUGACAGUCUGCCGUUCGACCUGACUACGUACCUGGCCGUGCAGGCGCUACACAAGUCAAGCGGAGGCAAGGCUGAUGUGGACUAUGCGCUGUGUGGCUAUGAGUUCAAAGGAUCGCUGUCUGGUGGUACGGUGGCUAGUCUAGUGGAGCAGGCGAAGGUGAGCCCGAUCACAUCCAGUGACGCGUACGAUCUUGCCCCGAUUCGUGGCCGUCAGAAGGCAGAAGCUGUUCGUCUUCGCAAGUUGCCACAGUUCAACAAGUAUGGCGCAUUCACUCUGUUGGCGCCGCACAACACAGGUGUCACGAACCGAUCGUGGGGUCUGCUUCAGGAGGCACAGGACCCAGCAAGUUACGGUGCCGACUUCCGGUACUUGGAAGGUCAAGUUGCGCCCGGUAUGAUCUCGGCGUAUAUUAUAUCUUCCCUAAUGUUGUUCAUCGCAUGGUUGCUGAACAAUGUGUCGUAUGCUGGUGAUCUGCUCCGCAAGGCCGUGCCACAGGGCACCGGUGCAUCGAUGGAGGAGCAGCUAAAGGGAUUCUGCAAUGUUCGCACAUUAGCGUAUGGCAAGGAUGGCAAGUCCAAGGCGAUGGCAACGCUCUCCGUUAAGGGUGACCCAGGCUACUUGCGCACGGCCAUGUUCAUCUCGGAGACAGCGCUAACAUUGUCACUAGAGAAGGCACGCCUCUCGAAGCUCGGUCAGCAGGGUGGUGUUUUGACUCCUGCGACAGCCGGUGGCGAGGUGCUGGCGGAACGUUUGCGCAAGUACGGUGGUGUCAAGAUCGAGACAAAGGACGUGUCCAACUCGACGGACCUCAGCAAGGAGCUUCCUGCGUAA